CAGUUGCACAGAAGCGUGGACGUGCAUGAUGCUCAUCAAAGGCUGAUGGUACCAACGCAUAAGAAGCACCUCUGUUCUAUCGCACCUCGCCGCGGCCCGCUGAUGGAGACUCGUUGACCAGCCUUCCUCCAUCAUAGCGCCGCUCUUCUUUUUGUUUCAAACGCUUCUACGUGCUCGGGGAGGGUAACGUCACUCCGUUUUUUUUGUGGAUUGUCACUUCCGGGGGAGCCGCGGGGCGAAUUAGCCGAUCACCGGCCAACAAGUUGGGCGGCCUCGAUGCUCCGUGCGGGCAAGAUGGAGGAGUUUGUCACGGAGGAAGAAGAGCCGUGGUACGAUCAGCAUGACUUGGAGCAAGACUUACACUUGGCAGCGGAGCUCGGCAAAACCCUGUUGGAGCGGAACAAGGAGCUGGAGGAUUCCCUUCAGCAGAUGUACAUCAACAAUGAAGAGCAAGUGCACGAGAUCGAGCAUCUGUCCAAGCAGCUCGACAUGCUCCGAGAGAUGAAUGAGCAGCACGCCAAAGUUUAUGAGCAGCUGGACGUGACGGCCAGAGAGUUAGAGAUCACCAAUGAGAAGCUGGUGCUGGAGAGCAAGGCCUCGCAGCAGAAAAUAGACAGCCACCCGAACCUCCCUGAGAAAUCUUGUGUACAAGGCGACGAAUCAAGCUUGGAAAUAGUUCAGAGGGAGCCUUUGUCCUUUCUAAUUCUUCUACUCGAGUUGACGGGCACCAUGGAGACCUUGCAGGGUCAGGUGGACAGUCUGACGGGUCGGGUGGAGGAGCUGCGCACUUUGGAAGAGCUGAGGGUCGUCCGGCAGAAGAAGGAGCGCCGCAAGACGGUCCACUCGUUUCCUUGCCUCAAAGAACUCUGCACUUCACCAAGUUACGAGGACGGUUUCCUGUUGGCCAACCCCGGCAGCGUGGACCUCGCCGAGAGGCAGCCGGCCGAGGAGGAGAACGAGCGCCUGAGGGACAUCGUGACGUCCCUGCGUUCAGCCAUGGCCGCCGAGCGCUCCAAGAGGGAAGGCGCCGAGCGGGAGUGCGCCGCCGUGCUGCACGAGUUCGACCGCCUGGAGCAACGUCUGCUCGGAGCCGAGGGCUGCCAGCUGCGAGUACGCGAACUCGAGGCGGAGCUCCAAGAGAUGCAGCAGCUGAGGAAAUCCAGGGCGUGUCUGAUGGAGGACGGCAUCGAGACGUUGCUCGGCAACGGCCCCGAGACGGACACGCCGGAUGAAACGACCGUCGUGGACGCGGGAGGCGAAGUCGGCACCGGCGAGCCGGGGGGCCCCGUCAGGAAAAGCUGCAGCGACACGGCCCUGAACGUCGUGACGGUGCGCGAUCCCCCGGGUAGGCGCCAGGCGGGGCGCAAACGAGGCAUGUCCAUCCUGAGCGAGGUGGACGAGCAGUACCACGCCCUGCUCGAGAAGUACGAAGAGCUCCUGGGAAAGUGCCGGCGCGCCGAGGAGAGCCUUUGCCACGCCGAGGUCCAAACGUCACGCCCCGUCUCCAGGGACCCCUCUUUGAAGGAGUACAGCGUGGCCACCUCGGCCGCGGGCUCCUCGCCCACUCGACCCCGCGCCCCGUCCACGCCGGAGGCCUUGGAGGGCAUCAGCAGGCAGGUGGAGCAAGUUGACAAACGAUUGAGUCAGAACACGCCCGAGUACAAAGCGCUCUUCAAGGAGAUCUUCUCCCGCCUGCAGAAGACCAAGAGCGACGUGAGCGCCACCAAGGGCAGAAAAAGCGGCAAGUGACUUGAAUAGGUGAAUUUAUUUUCGUGAGUUGGUCUGGCUUCUCCCCGAAAUGUUUCGUAACACUAACCGCCAGAGUGUACUGCCUUCGUCUCCCUCGCACGCGUUGCAAGGUGAACAACUGUUGUUCAAUUUAUAACAUGCUGUCAAUUUUCUGGUCAUUAAAAAGAAAAGCAUUGAC